GGCUGGUGGCAGAACGGAAGUGGAUGGCAAGCCACUCUUUUCUUUUUGCUCCGUGGCAUUUUGCAACAGAGGCUGACUGUCGCUGUGGGUUUUGCUCCGACGUAAGGCUUUAAGAGCCAACGGCGUGGGACGCGCACACGAUGAGGUGACAACCGCAUGGAUUGCAGGGGAAUAUUUUGCCCAAAGGAAUUUCCGAAAGGAAUCUGUCAGAUUUUUUUUUUUAUGUAAUGUCUCGCGAGACAUGAGAGCGCAAUGCCCAGACGGGGGUUGCUGGUCCACGGCCGGGUCCGCUGGCUUUUCCUGGGCCUCCUCCUGCUGCUGGUAAUGCUGUUUUUCACCUACCUGUUGGAGUGCACCCCUCAGAGUGACGUCAACAGAGUCCUUCCCGGCAUAGCGGGGGAGCCUUCCGGAAAGGAGUACUACCAAGCUCUGCUGCAGGAACAGGAGGAGCGCCACCAGAACCGCGCCUCCAGUCUGAAGCGGCAGAUUGCGCAGCUCAAGCAGGAGCUACAGGAAAUGAGCGAGAAGUUAAAGCUACUGCAGGAGAAGAAGGAGCUCCCCGAUGCGCAGGGUAUGGGGGAGAAUAGGGAGCAAGAGCCGGGAGAUUUGUUGGACUAUCUGCACUCUCAGAUUGACAAAGCCGAGGUCAACACGGGGGCUCGCUUGCCAAGCGAGUAUGCCGUGGUGCCCUUUGAGAGCUUCACUUCAUCCAAGGUUUACCAGCUGGAGAUGGGACUGACGCGACACCCGGAGGAGAAGCCCGUUCGAAAAGAUCGACGCGACGAACUGGCGGAGGUCAUCGAGGCGGCGCUGGAAAUAAUUAACAACCCUGACGAGGAGGACGGCGUGGAGGACGACGUGCCGAUGCAGAAGCAGACCUACAAAGAGGCCCACUUCAUAGAAGGCAUGCAUAGGACAGAGCGGGACAAAGGGUCACUUUACGAACUCUUCUUCGCUAAGAAGGAGCUCAGCACCAUCCGCCACGUCACCCUUUUCAGACCUUUUGGUCCUCUGAUGAAAGUCAGGAGCACGACCGUAGACACAUCGGGAAUGAUCAUCAACAUCAUUGUGCCGCUGGCGGGAAGAGUUGAAACCUUUUUACAGUUCUUGCACAACUUCAGGAAGGUGUGUGUACAGCAGGACAGACGCGUUCAUCUCACUGUGGUUUAUUUUGGCCAUGAGGGGCUCCAAGAGGUCAAGUCGUCUUUGGAAUCAAUGGCAAGGGAGGAGAAUUUCUCAAACUACACUCUAAUCCCAGUGGAUGAGGAGUUUUCCCGAGGUCGGGGAUUGGAUAUUGGCGCGCACGCUUGGAACAAAGGCGAUGUGCUGAUGUUUUUCUGCGACGUCGACAUCCAUUUCACCUUGGACUUCCUCAAUACUUGCCGGCUCCAUGCGUCUCCGAAUAAGAAAGUCUUCUAUCCAGUGGUGUUUAGUCUGUAUAAUCCGGCCAUUGUUUAUGGAAAUGCGGAGGUAGCGCCACCUGUUGAGCUACAACUGGUUCACAAAAAGGAUGCUGGUUUUUGGAGAGAUUUUGGCUUUGGAAUGACGUGCCAGUAUCGCUCCGAUUUCCUCAGUAUCGGGGGUUUCGAUCUUGAUGUGAAAGGCUGGGGUGUAGAAGACGUCCACUUGUACAGGAAAUAUCUCCGGAGCGACCUAGUAGUUAUUCGGACGCCGGUGCGGGAUCUUUUCCAUCUUUGGCACGAGAAACAGUGCGCGGACGAGCUGACUCCAGAACAGUAUCGCAUGUGCAUUCAGUCAAAAGCAAUGAACGAGGCCUCGCACCCCCAUUUGGGGAUGCUGGUGUUCCGGGAGGAAAUCGAAGCUCACCUGCGCAAACAGGCCUUUAAGCCACAGAACAAAGGAGAGGAAUGAGCAAAGCCUGUGAGAUGCUGAUGUUAUCAAUGCACAGCUGUAGACAAAUGAAUGUACAAAGAACUAUGUGGCAAUCUGAAAAGCAGAUGAUCCAAUUGCUGCUUAACCUGCUGCAUUUCUUAUACAUUUGACCCGCAAAAGUCGAACUAUUUAUCUGCUGUAAAAUGGACCAAUCAGUCGAGCCACAGUUUUGCUUGCUGGUAUGAUCAGUACAUUUCAGCAAUUUGUGGUCAUUUGAUAUUUCUUCUACCAAGGUGAACUUCCACUUCUUGCAUUAUUGGGCUAAUGAUUGGGUUUUAAUUGUAUUUUUUUUUUUUUUUUAAAUAUAUAUAGUUUGUCGAGCCAUAUUGUUCAGUUAAUAUUUAUUAGCUGUUUAAUAAAAGGGACCUUUUUUAAUUUCCUAUGACGGUCACUGUCUUAAUAAAGAUGCAUGUUGAUGUGACUGAAGGUGCAAAGAUCUAAUGUGAGCAUGAAGAACUAAUAUUAGGUCAGAUGGUACCAAUCUGUAUUUUUAAUUCUCCAAAACGUGUUAGUCGGCAAAGCUUCUUGGCACUAUUUAUUUCCAGGGCUGGACUAUGUUGGAAUGGUACUCUUGUAAAUAAUAUUACAAAAUGUUGUCUUUUAUUCAUGUGAAUCGAUUAUUUUGAUCUCUUACCACCUCCACUUUUCUUGCAGUAGAGGCCAGAAAUUGAAAAUCACUCACGUUGAUGUGUGAUCUUCAUGAAUGUUACUGAAAAUAUUUGGUAGAAUAGUGUAUUUCUUGGGGAGAAAAAAAACAAGUGAACACAAAGGCCAUUUUCAAGUAAAUGGUUUAUUGGUCAAUUUGCCCGUUGAAUAAUUGCUGCUACUUGAUUCUUAUCUGUUUCUGAUCCAAGUAUACAGACCUUUUCUUGGCCAGCUCUAUAAUUUAUACUAUGUUACAAUAAACUUGUGAAGUCUUUUAAACUGCGUGUUC